AUGGCACCUAAGAAAGGGUUAUCAGCAGAAGAUAAAAAAGAAAAGUUGUACGAAUUUUUCAACCAAAGUCAUACAUUCUAUACUUUGAAGGAAAUUGAAAAAGAAGGAUCAAAGUACGCCAAAAUAUCAUCGAUGCUUAUCAAAGAUAUAGUCCAGCAAUUGAUAGAUGACAAUUUAAUUAAUUGUGAAAAAUGUGGUACGACAAACUUGUAUUGGUGUUUCAAAUUUGAUAAGAUUAAAACUUUACAAACCCAGUAUAAUAAUUACCAGAACAAACUAAAAGAGAAACAAUUAGAAAGGGACCAACUCAUUGAGAAAAUUCAACUGGGCAAGUUGCAAAGACUUGUAAAGAGCGAUUUCGGUAACAGACAUAAAUUGAUAGAUCAAUUCACAUGCCUCAGUAAACGUAAACUACAUUUGGAAGAAGAAUUGCUAAAAUAUGGCGAUAACGAUCCCCAAUUGAUUCAGACAUUAGAUGAAAAGAAUGUACAUCUAAUACUGGCAAUAGAAACAUUUACGGAUGAUAUCGAAUCGAUGAUUUACUAUUUUACCAAGGUAUCCUCGGCUACUAUCGAAGAGCUGGAUUUGAGAAGCGAACUAGGAAUUCCUUCUGAAUUUGCUGAAUUACCAAAAAUGUAA